UCGUGGAUCGCUGCGCGCGCGUGACGGCCGAGAGCGGAGCGUGUUCCUGCCGCGGCCUGUGCUCGCUGUCAUGUGGGUUCUCACUGUGUCCCUGCUGCUGGUGGCGGCGUUCCUGUGGAUUCGAAGGCCGCAGCGACCGACCAACUUCCCGCCGGGUCCUCCAACAUUUCUCAUCUUUGGCAAUCUUUGGACGGUGAUUGGGUCGAUUCGGGGCAAGUUUCUGGCGAGCAUAAAUCAUUCCCGGCACGAGUUUGGAGAUAUUUUUGGCUUUGUGCUUCCAACUGGUGACAAGAUUGUGCACAUUUGCAAGUUUGAAGACAUUAAAGAGGCCUGUGCAAUGCACGAGCUGUCUGGAAGACCGAAGAGCUUUGCUCUGCUAGUCCGCAGCUUCCAACAAAAGCUUGGUGUCAUUUUCAGCGAAGGCCCUGCCUGGGUAGAGCACAGACGCUUUGCUUUGAGGCACCUUAGGGACCUGGGCUUCGGGAAAAACUCCAUGGAGUCGACAGUUUUGAGCGAAUUCGAAGAGCUCUCCCAAGAGAUGAAGCGUGAAAUUGACUCACCGAUGAAGGUAAACUUCCGCUUCAACCUGACGGUGCUCAACAUACUCUGGAGACUGGUCGCCGACAAGCGGCUGGAGAGUAGUGAUCCCAAGGCCCAACACUACAUCGCGACGGUCAACGAAUUCUUCGCUUCCAUCGGUCCGGGUAGCCCGAUGAACCUGGCGCCGUGGUUGCGUCACAUCGCCCCCGAGUGGAGCGGCUACGCGCCGCUCAUUCGACAUCGCGAGACCACGAUUGGCAUGUUCCACGAGGUGGUCCACGAGCAUCGGCAGACGCUGGACCGCUCCAGCCCCCGCGACUUCAUCGACCAGUUUCUGCUGGAGAUGGAGAAGCCAGACGCUGAGGCUCGCCUCUUCACCGAACGCAACCUGUCCAUCAUCGGCAUGGACUUGUUCAUCGCUGGCAUGGAGACGACGUCCACCUCUCUGAGCUGGGCGUUGCUCUUCAUGGUCAAGCAUCCGGAGGUGCAGAGUCGCGUGCAGCGCGAGAUCGACGCUGUUCUCGGCGCAAGUCCGCCGACCUACGGCGACCGCACGCGCAUGCCGUACACUGAAGCCACGCUGAUGGAG